AUGGUUUUACUGAUAAUUCUUCGUGACUAUUACGCAGCUGUCACACAUACAUUUGAUUUUAGUAGUCAAAUGCCGUCAAAAUUUGCUUCUAUGUUCAGUAUGAGUUGGUUUGGACUUGGUUUAAAUGAUCCACAAGGUCAGGGUUCUGAUUCUUAUACAAAUCAUUGGAAUGUUGGUCCACUAAGUUCAUGUGUUUCGGGAACGAAUCCGUCUAUAUGCAGCACAGACUAUACGUCUAGUCCACAACGUCAAAUAUCAUCAAAAUAUCGUCCAUUACUCGGUAUAUAUUCAUCCAGUGGUAAGGACACUGAAAGUGCAUCACGUAUUGAUCUUAUGUUGUCAACAAUACGUAGUUCAUGUAACACAGGUGCGAGACUAGACGCAUGGUGUAUUCAAUUAGAAUCAAUACAAUUAUCAUCGAAAUAUGUUCAAAAUCCGUCUAUGAACAUUGAAAUUCCCUAUCAAACAUUUCUAAGUUUUCAUCGGCGAGCUCAAGCGGCUAAUUUACAAAAUGUAAUCAUACCCGGAUACGAUAGUACAUGGCUCUAUUCAUUUUCCACUUAUUUCGGUCUUGGUAAAUGCGAUAAUAGUGAUGUUAAUAAUUCUCGUUCAAUUUGUCUGAAUAUUACUAUUGCCGACUUUAUUGACAUAGUCAAUAUGGCCUACAGCUACACUUCAUCGACCUAUUUUGUUAAUUCAAAACCCGUUCUAUUCAUAUAUACAUCAUCCGGAGGAAAUUUCUUGACUUUAUCCGAAUGGACACAAAUAUUUUCAGCUGUACGUCAAAAAGCAAAUAGGGAUUUUUAUACAGUCAGUACAAGCAAUUUAUUUCAAGAAUUUGAUGCUGUGGCACCAUGGAUUAACUAUGAUGCAUGGUCAAUGACAAAUUCAACUUUACCAUUGUAUAACCGAACAAUACAGUGGAUGAAUCUCAUGUAUUCACAGUUAUUUAUUAGUGUAAACAAUUAUCCUGGUCGAGCAAUAUUAGGAGGUUUAACACCGGGAUUCGAUGAUUAUACUCAAGGAUGGGGUGCUUGUACAACACGUACGAUUCCACGUGAUACCAUUUUACUUCAGGCUCAAUUCGAUUAUUUUAAAAAGCAGAACAUCAACCGGAUGUUUUUAUUUACAUGGGAUGAUUAUCAAGAAGGAAGUAUAUUUGAACCGGAUAUUGUCAAUGGUACAUGGGCUUUAGUCACAUUUCGACAAUUGGUGGGAAAAUAUUUUGGUGAAGAAGACAAUUCUUUGGAUGAACAAAAGCUGAUAAGUCAAUGGACAAAAUAUCCACAAAUUCGAAAUUGUACAACUAUUCAGCCAAGUUCGAAUUUGGAUGAGUUUCAUUCGUUGUUAUCAAAAUCGAAAUCGAUCGUUGUAUUAACAGGCGCUGGUGUUUCAGCUGAAAGUGGUGUACCAACAUUUCGAGGAGAAGGUGGUCUAUGGAGAAAAUAUCAAGCAACAGAUUUGGCCACACCUCAAGCAUUUCAUAAAAAUCCAUCAUUAGUUUGGGAAUUUUAUCAUUAUCGACGAGAACUUGUACAAACAAAACAUCCAAAUCCUGCACACUAUGCUCUAGUAGAAGCGGAAAAACGUUUUAAAAGUGAAGGCAAACAUUUUUGUCUUAUAACACAAAAUGUUGACGGUUUACAUCAUCGUGCCGGCUCAGAAAAUUUACUAGAAAUGCAUGGUAAUUUAUUUUAUGUUCGCUGUACAAAUGAAAAAUGUCAAAAAAUUGAAGAAAAUCAUGAUAGCCCAAUUUGUGAUGCUUUAAAAGAUAAAGGUGCACCAAAUCCGGACACAAAAUCUGCUGAAAUUCCUGUUGAAAAAUUACCAAGAUGUAAACAUUGUUCAUCGCUAUUACGUCCACAUAUUGUUUGGUUUGGAGAAGCUUUAUGGCCCGAUGUACUUGAAAAAAUUGAAAAUGAACAAGAGAAGUGUGAUCUAUUCAUUGUUGUAAGUACUAUGUUCUUAAUUAAACAUUUUUAUUCAAAAAAAUUUGUAGAUUGACUGUAUUAAUAUAGAUUAAUGUUUUUGUAAGUAUAGGGUGGCUCAAAAGUGGCUUUAUCGAAGAAAAUUUUGGAUAUCUACGGAGUAAAUGAACUAAAUCUUUUUACCGCUAAUAGAAGAGUGUUUAUAAAUCAUAUCCAUAAGAAAAACGUUUAAAAAUACUGUUUUAAAAUAUACCCUGGACUUCAGUAAGAAAAACUAACUUAUGAUGAGUAAGGAAAUAACAUUUUUAUUUCCCUAACAAAAUAAUAAACGACAGAUGUCAUUUUUUCGAUUAAUUCUUCAAACUAUGGUCGUUGAGUUUCAAAUUUGUACCAUAGAUGCAUGUCUUAUUACUCGGUGUACCCUGAAAGUUUCAACUAUAAACAGCUAGGAUGUGUUGAGAAAACUGCAAUACUGUUUUUCGUAACUCGUUUAAGGUUACAGUUUUUAUUGAAAUCGAUGGUAAUACUUCAAAGCAGUUCUUUUAAACGUUUUUCUUAUGGAUAUGACCUACUCUCUAAAAAAUAAAGGUAUUAUUAAAUACGAAAAAUGGUAUAACCAUUUGAACCAUAUCAUAACUGUUUAAGCGUUUUUUACUUUUAUCAGAAAACUCCUUUGGGAUUUUUAGAAUAUGAACAAGCCGUGAUUUAAAAAAUCCUGAAUUGCUUUGAUAUUUUAAAAUACCUGAAAGGUUUUUUUGUGACAUGAAGAAACUUCAGCCGUUUUACAGAACAUAAUUUAGCCGUAUUUUAGAAAACGAAAAUUAGUUUUUUGAUAAGAAUAAGAAACUUUUAAACAGUUAUGAUAUGUUUCAAAUGGUUAAACCCUUUAAACGUU